GUUACGGUACAGAUUUGUCAAAUAGUCCGUGCAUGGCAUGGUUGUCAGGAUAGCCAUCGAUUCAGUCAGGGAUUCAGGGUGGACAGUUUUUUAUCAGCCUUUAACAGAAGUUAAAUCGUCAGAGUAAGGAAUAACUCCAUCUUUUCUGACAGUUUGAACAGCUGUCGUCACUCUUGGAGAGCAGAUUUUUUACAUUUGUCAUUGCUCGGUUAGCUUAUUAGUUAACGUUGCUCUUUGAAAAUGGCGGAUCUACCACCAGAGAAGAGCCUGGACGAUUUCUUUGCCAAGCGGGAUAAAAAGAAGAAGAAAGAGAAAGGAAAGGGCAAGGAGUCCAUCCCCGGGCCCACGUCUGGUGUGAUUAAAAAGACUAAGAGAGAGAAGGAAAAAUCGGUGAAAAACGAGAACCAGGACCUACAAAUUGAAAAGGAGGACGAGGAAUGGAAAGAGUUUGAACAGAAAGAAGUUGACUACAGCGGGCUCCGGCUCCAAGCUUUACAGAUAAGUGACGAGAAGGACGAGGAUGACUACGAGAAGGAGGAGGUUGGUGAGGAUGGAGAGAUCAUUCUGGUCAGUGGAGACAAAGUGUCUGGUCCCUGGAACAAGUCUGGUGCUGCUCCGGCCCCUGCGGCAGCUGCCGCACCUGUGGAGGAAGUAGAGGAGCCUGAGUCGAAGCCUUCUGGUGUAUAUCGCCCUCCAGGGGCUCGGCUGACCACCACCAGACGAGCUGCCACCCAGGGGCCUCCUGAGAUCUUCAGUGACGCACAGUUCCCCUCUCUACUGGCCACUGCCAAGCAUGUGGAGACACGCAAGGACAGAGAAAUGGAGAAGACCUUUGAAGUUGUGAAACACAGAAACCGUGGUAGAGAGGAAACCGGUGGCGCCUCUAUGCAGCAGUUGCAGCUCGACAACCAGUACGCCAUCCUGGGGGAUAAGUAGAGCCGCUCCCCUCCGUCCCCUGGCCCCUUCAGCACGGUCCUGCCCAGCCCCUCGAAGGAAGCUGAACUCCAGCUGUGUUGGCUGCAGUCCUGAUGGAGCUCACCUUGCCACCAUCACCACACUGGUUACUCGCACACAAAGCCUCAUAUACACGCACUCAUACACAGCAAUACCAUCGCACCACAUACAGUGACACUCCCUUUAAUAGUAACACACUUUACAUCCAUUGGUUGGCAAAACUGAAGGACUGCAUCUGAAGGGGCUGUUGAAAGAGGGAAUAAUUUAAAAGGAAUUGGUAAAAUACACCCAAACGUACAUCACUGCAGCAACAACAGCAGAUGACAUAUUUGUCCUUUGUGGAUUGUACUCAGAGCGGCAGUUGUGUUGCGCAACUUUUCUCUGGACUUCAACUUGCUUCGAUAAAGCCACAGAGGAUAACUUUAGGCAAGAUGAUUUUACAAACUUCUGUGAAAAUAUCUAUUUUUUUGCAAGAUCGUUAUAACCCAAUCGCACAUGGUAUUUUGGGGUGUGUUUUUGAGUUGCGGUGGGGGCUUCGGGAGUGGGGAUACUACCUCAGCAGCAUAGCUGGUGGUGACGAUGUGGACUGGGCUUUUUUUUUUUUGCUGUGGUGGUGAACGGGGCAAACACCAGCCCACCCCUCCACAUAAAAGCCGGCCAUCAGGCUCUUUAAUUUAGAAACUUGAAGCUGUGGUUUUCCCUACAUGAUGAUGACACUCUGCAAAGAUCUAUGGACAAGAAGCGGUUUUGGUCCUCAUUUAGAAUUUCUAUAUAAAGUGGCCUUACUGAUAGAAGAAACUGCUUUGUCAUCUGAAGAGAACUUUGCUUGUUGUCUCACGGGCUGCUGCCUGCCUCUGGAUCUCACCACUUUGUGACAAAAAACCCAUAUACAAACAAAAAAAAUCUUCUGUUCAAGAAUGUAGUGCUGUUGUAGUAUGCCUGGCGAUUACAGCUACUAACUGUCUCUCAUAUUCACUGUUAGAUUUUGCUGCCCUUCAUUUUUUUUUUUUCAUUUUAGACAUCAGCAAAAGAUAAAUUAAAGCUUGUUUCUAAUCCAAAACCGUUAUUUUGGUAACAAAUGCUUUACUGUGGUUUGACACCAGAUGGUCACAGAUGUUACAGUAUCAAGAAAAAUGAUGGAAACAACUUUAAAAGCAUAUUUGUUGAGGUUGUUUGGACAUACUGAGUUUGCAGCUUUUAUAAUUAAAAGUAAAGUGGUACAUUUCAGCUAAAGUUUUAAGACUGUUCUUUUUUUUUUUUUUUUUUUUUUUUUUUAAAUCAAGGCUUUUCCUCCUAAGUAAACACGCCUUUCAGCUCUCAUUGCAGUUGUGUUAAACAGAUAGCUUGUGCAUAACUUAAUUUCCAGAGAGUUACAGCGAAUGCUCGUCUGUAAAAAAACAAACUGUCACCAAACCAACCGAGUACUAUCCACUUACAAAACAGUGGUACGCCCUGUUAAAAUCAAAUGGGUUUUUACUACAAGCAUAGUUAUGUUAGAAAGGUGAAGAACUGGAUUUAUGUUCUAUGUUUCUGUCCUUUCCAUAAAAGAUGUUGCGGAGCGUUGAUCCCUGCUGGAACACUUUGGGUGGACGUAGAUAAUAUUUGUGAUGAAAAGAGAAGAGCCUAACACAAAAAAUAAAGUGAUCCUUGUGACUGAA